CCAGCAUCAUGUUCUAUGAUCUCAAUCUGCCCUAUGCCUCGGAUGAUCCCGAGAUCUCCAAUACCUUAAGUUUUCUUGCAGAACUUGGUUACACCACCGUUGCCCUAUCCCAAUCUAUUACUGGAAAACUCCCCUCAAACCCUACUCCCCCACCAGCGCCAAAGAAUGUUCCCAAGGGCCUGACGCUCCUCACUCGCCUGAACCUGACCCUCUCCGACCCUGCGCAGAACCAGCGACUUGCCAGCCUGACUCAGGUUUAUGAUCUCGUCGCAAUGAGGCCCACCAAUGAAAAGGCGCUCCUAAAUGCAUGCACCAACCUCGAGUGUGAUAUCAUCUCGCUGGAUUUCUCCAUACGACUACCCUUCCACUUCAAGUUCAAGAUGGUUUCCGCUGCUAUAUCACGUGGGGUUCGAUUUGAGAUCUGCUAUGGACCAGGAAUCACCGGGAGCGGACUUGACGCUCGCCGCAACCUAAUCGGGAAUGCGAUGUCGUUGAUACGAGCCACGCGCGGCCGGGGAAUCAUCAUUUCGAGUGAGGCGCAGCGAGCUCUGGCUGUUCGGGCACCAUGGGAUGUGAUCAACCUGGCAUGCGUUUGGGGUCUUUCGCAGGAGCGUGGCAAAGAGGCGAUCUGCGAGGAGGCCCGGAAAGUGACCGCCUUGGCCAAGCUGAAGCGGACCAGUUGGCGAGGGAUCAUUGAUAUCGUGGCAGGGGGAGUGACUAAGACGAAAGCGAACGUACCGUUUCAGAAGAAGACCCAGGAGGCCACGGGCGAUAACUUGAAGAGAAAAGCAUCGGUGGGGUCAGAGCCAACGGGCGAAGAGGCGGAGAAACCGCUGUCCAAGCGCGAAAUGAAGCGCCGGGCCAAGAAGGCUCGGUUGGAGUCUGCCGGAGCUUGA